AUGGCGCAGUCCUUGUCUGAUGAGGAAUUUCAACGGAUGCAGAAUCGUCUGUUGGAACUCCGCACAGCGAAUUACCAACUUGCAGAUCAGUGUAAGAAGCAACUAUCAGAAAUUUCAACUCUUAAACAAACGAUUGGAACUCUUGAAAAGGACUUGCAGAAAGCCAACAAGGUUGUACUGAAAAGUAAGAAAGCACAGGAAUAUGAGAUUUUAUUGACCGAAAAUGAACACAUGCAGAACAAGAUGGACAGUCAGGAAGACGAUUUCAGGUUACAGAACAGUACCAUGAUGCAAGAACUGUCCCUGUUAUACGAUAAGAACGAGAAGUUGGAACGUGAGAAGAAAGAAUUAGAGGAAGGUCAAGGGUUAGAUCAUCAAGCCGAGAUUCGUCGGUUACAAGCAACAAACAGCGUACUUCAAAAGAAUCUCACUGAUGUACAAAAACAGUAUCAAGAUGAAAUUGUUACAUUGAAACAAACAAUAAGUGCGCUAAACAAAUCAGAAAGAGUUGGACCAGAGGGAGAGAGUUCCAGUGAAGUGAAAUCGGAAGAAACAGAUAGUUCUAUCAGUGGUGCGGGCACUUUAGAAAACCAACCGAGAAGUAAUUCUUCACCAAACUCUGAAACGCAGCAAAUGGAACAGUGCAAUAAAAUAGAAGAAUUGAUGAAAGAAGUGAAUGAACUGAAACUACGAGCGGACACUGAAAGAGAAGAAAACAGAAUGUUAAAAGAACAACUAGGAACCCAUGAGAAACAAUACAAAUCUGAGAUAUCAAACACUACAGUUGAACUCACAAAGCUUCAAGAGAAAUUAAAGAAGAAACAAGAAAGUUUUCUGCAGUUGCAAGCAGCAAAAGAUGAGUUAUAUGUUGAAAAUCAGAAACAAAUUGAAGAUCUCAAGGCAGCAAGGGAAAGGGAGUUGAAGGCUUUAAUUGAACAGAAUGGGAGGAUACAAGCUGAACUCACAGCAACAAGUCAGAAUCUUGAUGUUUACCAAGAGCAGGCUCAGCAGAAAGUGCAGGAAAUGGAAGGCACAAUACAAAUGCUACAAGUCAAGGUGAACGACAGUCACCUUCAACAGUAUAUAGAUGAAAAUACGUUACUCAAAAAUAAUUUUGAGAAAGUCCAGCAGCUCCAUAGUGCACAAGCUGAUGAACUAAAUCGUUUCCAGAGUGUGAAUUCCACUUUGACGGAAGAACUGGAGAAGUUACGGGGUAUUCACAAUAGUCUAGUGGUGGAGAAAGAUGAUUUACAGUUCCAGUUGACAGAGAGUAUGAAUUCAAAUAGUCAGUUAAUGGAACAACUACAGCAGGUGCAGGCCGAGAAGGAGACCGUCAUACAGGACCUUGGUGAAGCUACUAAGAUUGCCGAUAAUAGAAAGUCCAUGUUAGAUGAAAUGGCAAUCCAAAUUCAAACGACAAAACAACAACAUAUGGAACAGAUCAAUAGUAUACAAGAAAACAAUAAGAAAGAACAGGACAGUUUAAGGGAACAACUUUCACAAGAAAAGAAAGAACGGAAGGAAUUGGAAGUACUCCGUGACAGAGUCCCCCAGUUGGAGAAGGAUUUAGCAUCAACUGAAAGCCAGAAAGGAUGGUUUGAAAGAAGAUUAGCUGAAUGUGAGGAAUUGUUGAAACAGAAAGAAGAAGAACAUCUAAAAAUUGAAGAAGACUUAAAGGAAAUUCACAACAAAGAAAUUGAGGUCAAACAUGAUGAGUUGAAUGUGAAAGAUGACAUCAUUAAAUCAUUAGAGGAACAAAUAGAAGGAAAAAACAAAGACAUUGAGAAUGCAAAACAAGAAACAAAAGAUAUGUUUGAAGAGAAAAAGAUAGCCGAGAAGAAAGGUUUUUCUAUGGUCAAGGAUCUGAAGCGACAGUUACACCUUGAAAGAAAGCGUGCAGAGAAACUGCAGGAGAGGCUGCAGGAGAUCCUAUCAGAGAACAGUGGAAUGAAAACCAGCGUAGAUGAAUUGUUUCAUCAUUACAAUUCUGACGAGAGGCACGUAGGCGACAGUAGCAGCGUAUCGUCAUGGGGGACCAGUUUGAAGGACAACUCGGAACACAAUCAGCCUGCCACAUCGGAAGUGUCGAAUACUGCAAUCAAUGAGGAAACUAAUGAGUUACUUGCUAGAAUAACUGAAAUACAAGAACAGAAGUGGUUAGCGGAAGAGAGGGUCAAUCACUUAGAAAACAGCAAUGCCUGUAUGGCUGACGAUUUGAUGAAGAAAAGUGCAAUUAUACAAGCCUAUGUAAUGGACAGAUCAGAAAUGACACCAUCAACUCCUGAAAGGAAAACAACAUUACAUAAAAUGCUGGACUUGGUGAAGGGGGACGAGUCUGAGAUUAGCGCCAAGGAAUUCAACAAAAAGUUGCAGCGAAUGUUGGAAGAAACGCUGACAAAAAACAUGCACCUACAAAAGGAUAUCGAAAUGUUAUCUGAUGAAAUAGUAAGACUGAGUAAGUUAAGUGUCACUGCCAAUCAAUCAAAUAAUGGACAACCAAGCAAGUAGUACAUCAGGAAUUUCACUGUCAACAAAUAAAGAAGUGUUAAUCUUGUAUAAAGUUUUAUCCCGAUUUGAAGACUGAGAACAAAAUUCUGUCGAAAUGAAAGUUGUGUCUGUGCAGUAGAACAGUGUAUAUGCUCAAAGUUAAGUACCGG